UUUAAUUUUGUUUUUAGUUUUUUCUUUUCACCAUAGAGUGGUUUUGUUUUUCAAUUAUUUUAAGCAAACAAAAAGGAGCGCCUCUGAGAUCUGGACAACAAAAUGUCAUCAACACAAAAAACAUUUGGCUCUGUGAGUGAGGUGGUUAGAUCAAUUCGUGCAAACACCAAUCCUGGUGAAAAAAUGAGGCGGUACGAUGCCUGGGCAGACACCUACGAGCAGGAUUUGUCCAUCCUCGACUACCACGCCCCAUCUCUUGUAACAGACAUCAUCUCAUCCCAUUUCACCGGUGACUGUGAAGCUGCUGUUGUGUUGGAUGUGGCCUGUGGUACAGGCCUAGUGGCAAAGCAGAUGAAACAUGCUGGAUUUGUGCAUUUUGUGGGCAUCGAUGGGAGCGCGUUAAUGUUGGAGGAGGCCAAAAAGAAAGAGCUAUACCAAGAGCUGAAGCAAUGCAUUUUGGUGCAAGAGCCUCUUCCAGUGCAAAGUGGAUCAUAUGAUGUGGUUACAAUCUGUGGAGCCCUGACGGUGGAUCAUGUUGCUAUAAGUGUGAUCAGAGAGCUGUGCAAUGCCUGCAAACCAGGUGGCUUGAUCUGUAUGACAUGCAGACAUGGUGAAGACAAUCUGGAAUACAAAGCAGCCCUGGAGCGUGAGCAUAAGCAGAUGGAAGAGGAGGGACUGUGGAGUUGUGUAGCUGUAACUGAGGUGAAAAACUGGUCAAGAUCAGUGACAGACGCAGGAGGCAGCUACAUAUCUGGAUCUAUUUACCUUUACAAAAAACUGUAGAAUAAAACACCAUACAGUAGCCAUGUUAUGUUAUAUAUCAACACAAAUCUCAACAAGAGAUAAA